GAUACCCCAAUGGCCGCUGAGUUUCCACAGUCGGCCCUCGCCCGCAAAUCGCAGCGGCUAGCCUCUCUUUCCCGCGUCGCUCCGAUCUCGAGUGGUGGUUGUGGUGGUGCAGUGCAGUGCUGUGACGAUGCUGUCUAGUGCCUCCGGUCCCCGGGCCCAGGCCUCGUGAUCCGGCCCCCAAAGGCCCCGUCGGCCCCGCCGCCCCCCGAGGAAUAUGCAGAAGGAAAACCACAUGAGUCCCGCCGAGUCGCACCAGUAUGUCGGACCCUAUCGCCUGGAAAAGACCCUGGGAAAAGGGCAAACAGGUCUCGUGAAAUUAGGCGUCCAUUGUGUGACGGGUAAAAAAGUAGCAAUUAAAAUAAUCAAUAGGGAAAAACUUAGCGAGUCCGUUCUCAUGAAGGUGGAGCGAGAAAUAGCCAUUAUGAAACUAAUAGACCAUCCCCAUGUGUUAGGAUUAUCAGAUGUUUAUGAGAAUAAAAAAUAUUUAUAUUUGGUAUUAGAGCAUGUUUCUGGCGGCGAACUAUUCGAUUAUCUAGUGAAGAAAUGUCGACUAACGCCUAAAGAAGCACGAAGAUUUUUUAGACAAAUUAUUUCUGCCUUGGACUUUUGUCAUAGUCACUCAAUAUGUCAUAGGGAUCUAAAACCUGAGAACCUUUUAUUAGACGAGAAAAACAACAUCAAAAUAGCGGAUUUCGGAAUGGCUUCCUUGCAGCCGACUGGUAGUAUGUUGGAAACUAGUUGUGGCUCACCUCACUACGCUUGUCCCGAAGUGAUAAGGGGGGACAAGUACGACGGUCGAAAGGCGGACGUGUGGUCGUGCGGGGUGAUCCUGUACGCGCUGCUCGUCGGGGCCCUGCCGUUCGACGACGACAACCUCCGUCAGCUGCUCGAGAAGGUCAAACGAGGAGUCUUCCACAUCCCCCAUUUCGUCCCGCCCGACUGUCAAAACCUCCUCCGCGGCAUCAUCGAGGUUAACCCUGAAAAGCGCCUCACGCUGGCGGAGAUCAACCGACAUCCGUGGGUGACGGCCGGCGGGAAGGGUGAGCUGGAGCUGGAGCUGCCCAUGAUGGAGGUUGUCCAAACUCAUAUUAUUCCGUCCGUCGAAGAUAUCGACACCGAUGUCCUCCAAGCCAUCUCCAGCCUCGGCUGCUUCAAAAACCGCGAAAAGCUCAUCCAGGAACUGCUCAACCCCAGCCACAACACAGAAAAAGUGAUAUAUUUCCUACUAUUAGAUAGGAAAAAACGAAGGCCUGCACAAGAGGAUGAGACUGAGAAUGUUAGCAGAGUGAAAGUCGAAACGAGUGAUCCACCUAGGAAAAGGAUUGACACUUGUAAGAUGAACGGCGCCGAGGCGCUCCAGUAUGCAAGGAUCAGUGAGGGAUCGCCCAUAACCCCUAGGAGACAACCAUUUCAGAAUCGACAUCUAAAUCGACGAGGAAGUAACACUAGCACGAACAACUCUGUGCACUCAAGUCCGUCGAACAGCCUUUUUAACAACUCGAGUUGCUCGCCCAACAUCACCAGCCUGGCAUCGCCGCUACCCUCCAGGGCAGCGUCUUGCAACGCCCACCCGCCUGGAUCUCCGGGCUCGGGGGCGACUCUGAACCAGAUGCCAGCGACGCCUCAACACCGCCCCAGCCCCCCGCCCGUCAUUUCGCCCCCUUCCCUAGCCCCCUCCCCCUCCCCCUCCCCGACGCCCAAUCCACCCUCUACCCCCGUGUUCCAGCAUAGAACCAACAGCCUUAGUGAUAACUCUGACUCGCUCGCUUUAGGAAUAAAUUCUGCGGUGGUAGGCACGCCACCCGGCUCGCCGCACACCUCCAACCACUGGCGGAAUAGGCUCACAACUAUUAAGAAUAGUUUCCUCGGAUCUCCUCGCUUCCACCGGAGAAAACUCCAAACGUCCACGGAGGAAGUUUCAUUAACGCCCAUAUCCUCACCAGAGUUGACAAAAAAAUCGUGGUUCGGGAGUCUAAUGACGUCCGAAAAAGACGAAAACAUCACGGUAUUGGUGCGAGGGCGGCCUUUGGCUUCCUUAAAAGCGGAUCUUAUCCAUGCCUUUCUUUCUAUAUCUGAAUUAAGUCACAGUGUAUCUAGUCCAAUGUCGUUCCGAGUCGAGUACAGGCGAGGAUCAACCGGUGCUGCAAUGUUCCAAAGACAAAUUAGAUUUGAAGUAGAUAUAUCAAUUGUUGGCAAAGCCAAAGACUACAUGCAUGCUGUUACCUUUAGUCUAAUUUCAGGUAAUAUUCGGCGAUUUAGGAGAAUAUGUGAGCACAUUCAAGGCCAAAUCUGCACUCGUAGACCACCCCCUUCGCCUAGAGCUUCCAGAAAAUUCAACUCAGAGCUCUCCGAAAGCUCCAGUUGCGGCUCUGAUACUUCGGAGAGACUUUCGUCAUAUCCGGGAUCAAGACAGGGAGAAUCGGACAUCGAGAGUGACUGCUCGGUGUUUAGCAUGAAGUCUACCGGGAAAGAGAACGGGAAUAACGUGCGACUGAGCAACGGGCGGCGGCGAAGCAUGGGGGCCUCGAACAACAACAACAAUAACAACAAUAAUAACAACAACAACGGGAGUCGGAGCUUGGUUUCGCCGGUGGAGCAACGGACACCCCCGACACCCACCAGGUCCAGCAGCGAGAGCAAGACUGGAGGCGAGAGGCUAGUAACAACUUCCGGGUCUGUUGCAUGAGAACAAGCCGGACUGCGAAAGCUGAACCCCGAGCCAAAAACAAUAUUUUUGAUUUUAUACGUCCUUAUUGUUAUCGUGAGCAUCAAGGAUUCACCUCAUAAGUACAUUCAAGAAUUGUUUCCGCAACCGUGUUUGAAAGGAUGUGGGUAUGCGCUCAGAAUUCAUAGCCCCUGCAACUGAAUCCUGCAAACUGACGAGAUUCAUAAUUAUUUCGCAGUUGUAAAUGAGGAUUCCUGAGCUAAUGAGGGGAAACCUGUGAAUGCUGUUUUCUUUUUUAUACGAAAGUAAUGAAAUGUACAUUGAAUUAUCCGUCGGUUGGCAUGCGCCAAAUGAGUUAGAGUUCUAUUAUUCAAGGGAGUUUGGCAGGGAGAAAGCUUCUUUGUUUGAAUAUGGUGCGUUUUUUAAGCGUGAAUUAAUUAAUGAAUUACAGUUAAAUUUAAGUAAAUAAGGAAAUACAUUAAUCUAGAAUUUUUAAUUUACAAAUGUUGAAAAUUGUAGCUGUUGAUUGACUGAAAAAUAUGUUUCCACACUGUUUCAAAUUUCAUGUUUCCUAAUAUUAUCUGUGACAAAAAUCUGAGCUCAGUUGUGGUUAUUGGUUUUUUUAAAUAAUUGAGAUAAACACGAGUUUUCGCUCCUUAGUUGUGUAUUUUAUUUGAAUAAGAUACAUGAAACAAAUGCAAUAUAACAAGACUUCAUUGUAAUAAGGAAGUUAAUUUCUCGUUUGAGCCAGAUGCAUUCAAACCAAACUCUCUUGCAUGAAAUGAAAUCUAGCAACAGUUAUUCUUGAAUUUCGCGAUGACUGAAAUAAGCCUAUACAGAGUAGGUAAUAGGUAUUUGAUAUUUUUCAAUGUCGAAAACGUGCUUCUCUCUUCGAGAAUGGCGAGUCACUGUUAAUAUGUUUAAACCCAUGAUGUUAAUGUUCUUUAUUAUUACUAUUACUUAUUAUUUUACUUUAUUCUAAUAUUGUUUGUAAUGCUUUGCAAAAUUCUGUGGCAAAUUGUUUUUUUAAAUAAUUUUCGUAAGGGUCCUCAUUCGCCCUUUUUGAGUCAUUUGGAUUGAUAAAGCUAUCACGCAGCAGAAUUUAGCUCCUUUUUCCAAGCUUCUGAAAUGCGUUAGUGACUAAACCCAAAUAUUUCCAAAUUGACUAUUAACUGGACUGCAUUUUGCAAUUUGGAACUAUAAAUUCUGGCUCACCUGAAAAAACACUCAAGGGCAUAGGGAAACUAAUGUCACAUACGUUGUUUUUAAACCGGGCUAGAAUUUAUAGUUCCAAAUUGCAAAGUGUAGUCCAACUGUCGUACAGAAAAUCAAACGGGAAGCAGCAAAUCUGUUUUUAGGCCACAAAAGUUACCUCUUGAAAUUUCCCGCUUUUGAUGAUUUACAAUUCAUAAUUUUAAUAAAAGCUUUUCAUGAGAAACGUUCUUUUCUCUAGAUUGUGAAAAUUCGAAUAAGUAACUAUUCAUAUAUGCGAGAGAUAUCAAUUCUCAUUGGAACCUCAAUAUUUGGACGAAAAAGGAGAGUCAAACCUAUGUAAAGAUAAGGAAUCUAAAACCAAGUCAUCUGCUGUUUUGCAGUUUUUGAAGAUUGUGCUCGUGUUAAUUUCGUUCCUCACCGCAGAAGAGCUUGAAUUCUUCCACUUUGUGAACUUUUCACUAAGCACCUCUCUCAUUUUACUUUUACUUUUAAGAUAAAUAUUGCUAUUUUUUAGCCACUAGAUUACUGUAAACUGAGCUUGGCAGUUGCAUAAUCUUCCUGACACUGGGAAGAUAAAAACGAUAGACAGGUUUUAAAUUUUUAAAUUUUUCUGUACCUUUCUGUAGACCAGUCUAUUUUCUGGUAUAACCGCUUCCGGGUUCGUAUAUAGGGUUCUGAUAUAAUAAUCAAAAACUGAUAAGAGACAAUGAGCUGCGUCGAAGAUAAAAUUGAAAAAAAUGAAAAAAUUUGACACAGCUCCUCAUUUCGAAAAGUACUUUUUCUUUCAAUUCAAAUGAUGUCUCAUUUGCGUACGUUUUGUCAGUAUCAUGGGCGCAAAUGAAGGGCCAGCGCCCCCUUUCCCAUUGAGAUUUAAAAUUGCUUUAGUCAAUUUUCCAUGAUUUCCGAGAAUUUACCGCCACCCCUUUCUUCGAGGCAAAGUUUGCAUCCUUUCAAUAACGUUUGCCUCUUCUCUUUCUCCGAAAAAUCGGUCAAAAUUGCGCCCUUCACUAUCAUAAGCAAAAGAGAGGAUCACCUCUUCCUGAUUUAAAACUUUCAAACAUUCCAACCCAAGCAAUACGCCUGAUCCAAUAUCAUUACAUUCCAUUUUUUGUAAUUUAUUUUAAGUGCGAUGACUCCUUUUGCCGAGGUCUCUCUUUUCUUUGUAUUUUUUUCUCUUGAGCCUCUGUUACCUUUUAACGGUUUUGAUCAUAACUUGCAAGAAUUGGCCCCGCUGUGCUGAAGGCUCAACCACUGAUUGUGAGAUGCUUACCUAAAUAGUCCAUGAUUUUAAUUUUGUAAAAUGCGCUCAGCUGUAAAUAGGGCUUUAAGCAAUAGACAUUUCUCGUUGCAAGGUUUUGUUACCAUGCGGCUAUUUGCGAGAUUAGUUUUCAGAUUGCAGAUCAAGAUUAUACCCUCUUUUUCCAAAAUAUGCCUCCAUGCCUCCCCCUAGAACAUCGACGUGUCAGAUGAUUGUUUUCCUCGCGUGUUUCAAUUUCCAUAAAACUUGUUCCUUAAAACCCCAGGGGAAUUUCAACUCUCAAGAACGAGAAAUGGUGUGUAGACGCAGCUUCUUCGUUCUUUUUUAGGCAUUACAUAGACGGUCUUAGGAUCCUAAUUAAUACUUCAAUCCAGAUUUACAUAAUCAUAAUAGUGAUGCGUAACUCACACAAGCAUGAUGAGCAUAAUUGCACCUUUCGACAAUACAUGUGCGACUUUGUCGUAAAUAUGUAUUAACUAAGCGAAGAACUAACACGAUUUCUGAAGAAGAAAAAAUACUGCAAGUUCAUGAAAACUGAAUUAAAAGCACACACUUUGUAAAAAAAAAAAAAAAAAUUUAACAGAGCUAUGACAAAACUAUUAGUCAAUAAUAAUUUCACUAUAGGUUUGCAUUUUAUAUCAACAAGCUGUAGCUGUAAUCAGGGCAAUUCAACACUCUAUCUUGGUAGGUAUCAGGAUUCAUUGAAAAGUUACAAAAAUUUUAAAAUCUCAAUACGAUAUAAUUUCAGACAGUCCCCUCAAAAUGUACUGUUUCGGUAAUAAAUCUCAAAACCUUGUAUUCACGUUCGCAAUUUUCAAAAUUAUUCCCUUGUUGAUUUUAAUAAAAAUAAAAAAAUAAAAAAAAUCUCACGACUUCGUUGAAUUUCGCAUGAUUUUGUUCCAACGACGUGCUCUCAAAAUUAUGUAUAAUUCAACUCUUUAUGAAAUACAGGGUCCCUUUGACAGCUCCCAUUUAAUUGAGGCUAUCCGCAAGUUUAAGUAUCCUACUUUUAUGGAUGGCAGUAUAAUAUCUCCAUCUUUGUUAAAUCACAACGAAGAACAAUUAACUGUAAAAAGACAAUAAUUAUGAGCUCUCUAUCGAAAAGCAUCUUCACAUUACGAAGUCAUCUGUUCCCCACAUCGCCUAGCAAGUAGUGUGUCUGAAUUUCCCCACCUUACCCCUCCUUACAAAGAAGGAGUAUAUUUUUCCAAGAACGAACCCAAGGAAGAUGGUAGCUCUAAUUUGCUUAUUAAUUCUACUUUUUACGUAUGAUUUAAUUUUUGCAACCUUUAUGAGGUUAAAAACAUAUACCUCUGGUUAAAUAUUGACCAUAUAAGUGGCUCUUAUUUUUUUGUCAGCGGUACUGUUUACAAGGUAGCCAUUAUUUUUCUUGUAAGUAGAAACAAAGAUAUUGCAAAUUCAAAUAUUGACCUUUUGGAAAAGUUUCUUACCCUCGGUCCUCCAUAAAAAGUAGAGGUAGCAUUUCGAUACUUUAAUUCAAAACUUAAAUAUUUUAUGAGACAAAUAUUCUAAAUCAAAAUGUUCCCCGCCCCAAAUUGUAGAUAUUAUGCUUAGCAUCCAAAAUUUAAACGUGAGUUAGUAUUACCUACUCUACCAAUUAGAAGAGUACAUAGGUAGGUACAACAGCAUCAAAGCACAAAUUUUCAGAAGUAAUGAAAAUAAAUAAUUCAUAUUUUCAUGGAGCCUAAAUUGAUGUUGUUGGUGAGUUUGUACAAUGCUUGGACGCUUAUGUGAGGUAUUAUGAUAUUUUUGUUCAGUGAUAUAAUGUAAUAAGUAUAUGUAUAAUUUUAUUAGUAUUUUUAGUGGCGCACUGUUUGUAAUCAUUAUUUGAUCUGUUAUAUUUUUUAUUGUAAUUUAUUAAUCAAUAACUAAAGCGGUGAUUCAGCCUCGCUGAAUAGUUUCUAUUACUA